UUCCUUUCGUAAACUUUAAGAGCAGGGAACACGCUUGGGAAGUUUUCUUCAUGAGUUUGAGUACAUGCUCCGGCAAUAAGCUCUUCAAGGCGAAAUUGCUAUAUACUCGUUCGAUAAUGAUUCAAUCCAUGGACAAGUUUUGGGACGAACCGUAUAUGAAGAUUCUACUAUUUUUUCCGAUUUACGACUUCAAAUACUCAGAGCAUAUUACAAUUGGGAAAACAUUCAAAUGUUUUCACGAAGUCUUUAGUGAUCCUUUUGACACGCAGAAGACAAUUCGAAUCAGCGAUAACAGCUUAAUCCCGCCUCUUACAUCUGAUGAGAAAUUUAUGAAAGAAGUACGUUACGAAAUAAAACACAAUAACGCCCACUGGAAGGAUCGAGAGAUAGACCCCGACGACAUCGCUAGUGUUCUCUUCCAAGAUGUGCGUUUCUUAAAGGGCUUCCAGUUUCUGGUCAACGACUUUGAAAAGUAUAUCUUCAAAUGCCUGGAUGAAACACACAGAAUGAUAUUUGUAGAAAACCA